AUGGCAAUCAAAACGUUGGCCACCGCCUUUAGAGUGCGCCAUGACGACUUGGAUGACAUUGCUUUUCAAAACCUCAAGGAUGGUAAUACAGCUAUGCCACCUGCGGUGCCUGCGCCCCCAUAUCGACAUGCGGCACCAUCCGGACCAUGGCCAUGGAUGGACUUUGACGUGGAAUCUACGACCUCUACGACUGCUAUUGACCCAUCCUGGCGUGGGUACCCUCAGAACCAGUUCGGGAACUGGACUCCAGACCAAGUAGAGCGUAGUAAGAUGCUCGAAAAGUGUCUGGGGAAUAAGUCUAGCACAAUUUACCGGAUGGAUGUACAUGAUGACAGGAGUUUUGCAAGUCCAGAUAUCGGAGGAGAUAGUUGUACCAUGGUAGUGGGAGUUGAAAAUGAGAAUGAGUUUUGGGGUGUAUUACAAGAGGAGCGACCAGAAAACAUCCGAGUGCGAUCAAUAUUUGUGGAUGACUUAACCUCACCGGUCUUGCGCAUGCUGGGCACAACGCUCCUCAUACUUAGAUAUAACAUCGAACCAUUCUUUUUCACGUCCUCCAUAAAUUGGAUACCCUCACGAUACCAAGAAGCACCCAUCCAAAACAAAGGAGAUCACAUUACUAUUACCCUGCCAUUUGUCCGAACGCUGCGCAAAAAUUCUCGAUCAGCACCCGCCUCUCCAACCCCACUAUCCCAAUCCUCGAAUACUCUGAUCAACACCCAGGCUCCUUUCCCCAUGAGUGAUGGCAGCAUGCUUUUCAUUGACCUCCUCGCAAUUCACAUGGUCCGUGACGUAAAGACAAGCACCAUCAUCUCCUACCAUCCCGAGUCUACAUGGUGCCGGACAUCCGCGAAGCGCCUUCACUCGCUCAUGCAGCUUGUAGGGGGUAGUGUGUACUGGCAAAAAAUAUUCGACAAGUCAAAAGACCCGACGUUCCUCUUCCUCGCGAUUUUGUGGUAUCCACUUUAUGCAUGGGAUGAGUCCUUUGAGCUGCUGUACACCCAUGUUAGUGAACUGGAAUCAAAAGUAUUGCAAGCGAGUGACACGGAGCUCGCGCGCGAGCUUCAUGUCCUCCAAGCACAUCUCUUGCAAUAUCAAGCACUCCUUCAUAACUUUCAGGUAUCAGUACAAUUUAUCGCGAAGACCCACAAUCCGGCCAUGGACUCUAGUGACGCCCUCGAGCGCGACGAAUCAAUGAAACUUAUGGACUCGGAGUCCCAGAAUCUACUCAGCGAAAUUGAUCGUCUAGAAAAGCGACGUGGGAUGCUGACCAACCGACUGAAGAAUGUGAUGGACCUUGCUUUUGCGACUGUUAAUCUCAACGACAGUAAGCAGACGCGAAAGCUAACAGAGGCGACGGUCAGGGACUCGGCAGCUAUGAAACAGAUCUCGUACCUCACGAUGAUCUUCCUGCCGGCAAGCUUCUUAGCGUCUGUGUUUGGAAUGAAUGUUGGAGAGUUCAGUAGUGGAGGUCUACAGACGCUUACUCACUACGUCGAGGUCACCGUAUCGCUCACGCUCCUUACAAUUUACACCGUUGUCACGCUUCAGACGCAUAGCUCAUUCCACGACCCCAAUGCUCCAUUCCUGCGGCGUGCAGUGUGGCCAGCUCUUACUUUCUGGAAGAUGAUGCAUAAGCCAAAGGAGAAGACGAUGGAAGACAUGGUGUGA